UAGAAAUUAUCUGUACUUCAUAUGUAGGUCGAAUAGGGACCACUAUCGGUUAAGGAUAUUAUUUACAUAAAUUCUGUGUAUUACUAGUUAUUGGAUUACUAUAUUUUUCUUGCUCUGGAAUUACGUAAAAGUGGAUGUUUUUCAAAAUUGCAGUUCAGUAAUAGUGACUUUUAAAGAUUUAGCGUGCAGGUGUUAUAAAUUAUAUUCAGGAAAAGAGUGAAAACCAUAGGACGACUUAAUGUAGAGCUAACUCGAGCCAUGACUGUCCAUGGGCAACAAUCAAGCGCCCAGAACAAGAUGAAAAUGUUAACUUCUCCCCAGAACGGGUACAUGAGCUCUGUGGCGUACCCUCAGGAUUCUCGACUCUCUGUCAGUAGAUCAUGGAACGGACUCGUCUUCCAAGUGUCCCCCAUCAAAAACGGACACACAAACGGACACACCACAGUCUCCCCCUUAGCGCGGGAAAAUGGCUGGGAUUCACCAAGAUCGGGAAUGUCCACGCCAGAAAAACUGCUAGAUUCUCCGUUUGUUUCCGAACCUAAAGCUCGUUUUUCCAUUGGUUCUGAUGAUGUGGACGAGCAUUCCUAUUUUUCUCAGUUUGAUUAUUCUGACACGGAGCAGGAGUAUGUGACACUGGACAACAAUUACAUCGUGAGGGCUACCAGCACCCCGUCCUAUACCAGGCAUUACUCCAUGCUGGACUUCAAGAGAAAUCAACUCAAUAACUCCACAAGGUCGGAAAAAUCCAGACCUACCAGCUCCAGUGUUCAUAACCAAGUGUUCAUAGACAAGAACAAAAACCUCGACCAAUCUUAUAGCAUACAAAAAUCACUCAAGAUAAAAGGCCUGAAGAAAAUUGCGGAGAACAUAGGGUCAGUGCUAAGUUUGUCCCCCCGGAAAGAUGCAAAUCCAAAGCUGUUCUCUCCCCGCGAGGAGGAAACGUGUGUUAAACGGGAGAGAAGUAAAUCCGUGGGAGACCUGGAGAUGUUUCAGGACUACAUCGGGGAGGGGACAGUUAGGGAGGGGGAGGGUAGCGGGGAGGGUCUGGGACAUUACAGUGACGAUGAUGUGGACGGUGAUGACUAUGGAUUUCUAAGUUACCCGUUUUCUUCUACCUCCUUUCUCUCUACAGUGAACAAGACGAAAUCCCCCACACCCUCACACCGUAUCCUGCCGCGGAUACGGAAAAGCAAGACCAAGCCUCUCCCCGGGGCCCAGCACGCGUGCAUGUGGAGUUCACAGGGUCACUGCACGUGGGCCAGUCUGAGUGGACGCAGAGUGGAGCUAAGGCCUUUCUGUCUGCUCCAAAUCACGGACGCUGAGAGACAGGUUCUACACAAGAUCGCCUUGUCCAGGCUUCAGGCCCUGAACCUUGGGUGUCCAGUAGCUAUUCCUAAAGAAUCGACCGACUGCCGGCGACCGAAGCGACAGAUCUUGUCGUUUAAGAGGAGCAAAUCUGCCAAUCUCGCCUCCCUGAUAGACAGAGUCAAAUCUGACAAAGAUGGCGAUAGUAAAGAGCACCAGCCUGUCGGAUUGGUUUUCGGAAUACCUCUUGCGAAAUGCAUUGCUAAUGAUAUAGACUUAAAAAAGAAAAGAAGUGCUAAAAACGAAAACAAUGACGUCAUCAUCCAUCGUAGAGAACCACGGAAAUCCAGCAGUUCAUCACAAGGUUCCUUAGAAAACAUGAAUCAAAAUGGAAAUACUCUGUCCCCUUCCUCAAUCAGCAAGAGAGUCCCCAGCUCUGAUUCUCUGUCAGAGUCGGACUGCAGUCGGCACACUACCAACUCAAGUCUGCUAGAUGCUUUGUCACUGUCGACGUCACGUCCGGAGAGCUUGAAGAACGACCAGCUUCCGUCGUACUCGGUCCGGGGACCUCACGUCCCAAUGAUCGUACAGACCUGUUUCAAGUACCUCGAGGCUUACGGUCUCCAAGUUCUUGGUAUUUUUCGAGUUGGGGCAUCUAAAAAGAGAGUCAAACAGCUGAGGGAUGAAUUUGACAGCGGAAAAGACGUCAAACUGGACGAAUCUCACAACUGCCAUGAUAUUGGUGCGCUGCUAAAAGAGUACUUCCGGGAUCUACCGGAAGCUUUGCUAACACGUGAUCUGUACUCGGCAUUUGUCGCUACCAGAAAGUUACCAACAAAAGACGCUAGGUUAGAAGCCCUUGGUUAUCUAGUAUCUCUACUUCCGGUCUCAAAUAGAGACACUCUCUGGGCACUUCUGAACUUCCUGUCCACAGUCGAUCAACAUUCCACAGACAAAGUAGGAGAAGAUGGACAAACAUUGCCAGGAAAUAAAAUGGAUUCCUACAACCUCGCCACUUUGUUUGGGCCAAAUAUUCUACACAAGGUUAAAUCAUCCGAGAAGGAGUAUCAAGUGGAGAGUUUGGAGCGGGCAGAGGAGCGCAAGGACGUCAUUGACGUCAUCAAAGACAUGAUUGACAACUACAAUCAAAUUUUUCAGGUUCGGCCGGAAAUACAUGACGAAGUGAUAAAACUGUUGGUGGACACAGACCCCGAGACAGCCGAUGAUUUGCUCAAGGCCAUGUCAAAUGAUAUGGGAAUCGAACCUGACCCGGACACUACAUCAAGCAGCAUAUUCGAGGACAGUGAUACUGCGUCACUUCCUCACUCACCGUGUAGUGAAGGGGACAUAACUGCUUCCACGGCAAGAAAUAGUGCUCUUCAUCCGCCUCUAAGGGGAACUCAUAGUGAGGAUAUAAUGACUCCAAAAACGAGGCGGAGAUUCUUCUUCUCUGCCAGUGACAGUGACAAAAGUAAAAAUAAAACAGACAAUAACAACACGGAAAAGGAACGACCUAAAUUUCGGAUUCGAACGGACCGGAGCCCGAGUCCCGGAAAUCGAUCCAAUUUGAGGCCACCGAAAGUGAAAAUCUCUUCAGACAAUUCAAGUCCAGAAAACUCAGUCCGCCGUGCUCGCUCAGAGUACUUAGAUAGACCUCGAUCCGAAAACUAUUCAAACAGUCUUGCCAUUCCAAAACCCAAUUACGUCAGGCAAAAUAGUGCCACAAGUUUUGGUAGUCACGCUAAUACGUCCUCUAGUGACAGUGUGAUAGAACCGACGGGGAGUGGACAAUAUUUGUUGCCAUCUCCAGUUUCGGGAGAAAACUCGCCAAUAUCUUCCAAAAGUAGAGUGUCCCCCUCUCUGCGUCGGCCUUUAGGGGUGCGGAGUAAUGCAUACCCAGGCUGGGAGCGUGAGCGCUGGCGGCAGUGGGAGCUGAUAGCCGCGGAGGGAGGGGAAGAGGGCUUCGAAAAGGAGACCCUCGUGUGAUUAUUACUAUACACUAUGCAAUGACAAUGUGUAUGCGUGAUAAUUGGAAAUAUUUAAACAUUUUUCAUUAAACGGGUAAAUAUCUUAUGUUCAAAUCAGUGCUCUGCAAUAUAUAUGGAACUUAUUUCCUGUGCAAUAUGCAUUUGGAUUGAUGCAAUAUGAAAUAUAGAAUUUUGUAUUUUACGUUUUUUUAUUAUUUUGAUGUCUCUACGCCGUGUUUUAUAAACACUGUUAAAAGUGGGGUGUGUGGCCCCCAAAAAAGGGCGGACAAUCGUUGCAGAAUUCCAGGUAUUUAGAAGUGUUCGGUUUACGAAGUUACGAGAAAAGUGGGAGAUGAUGUGUUGCCUUUUUGCAGAUAUAAUAAACAAAUAUCAGAUGUCCUAACAUUCAUUGUUAUAUCGUUUAUGCUUAGUAACUGUUUAUUAAAUCACAAAAUAAAUUAUUUUAUGUACGGAUAAA